CGGGCACCACGAAAUUAGGACUAGAAUUUUAAAUCCUAAAGCUUUUGAAUAUGAAAUUACAGUAAUAAAAAAUGGUUUUAAUUACAAGAAUAUUGUAAUUAGUAACGAAAUCGUAAUUGUUUUUCACCUGUUUCCUAUAAUAAUUAUUUCACACAUAAUAAAUUUCAAAUUAUAGUUGAAAAAAAUUCCAAUAAAAAAUUGAGAUUCACUUGAAACAAGAAGCUGCUGCCUACAACAUGUUAAUAGUGUCAUUUCUAGUGAUAUUUCUGACCAUUCACACGGCAAACUCCUACGUACUGCUAACAGCAAACCUUGAAGAUGUUCAGGCUAUCGCAAAGCAGCUGGUAAAUUCGCCUCUCGCCGACCAAGUCAACAAGAUCUGGCGAAGAGCCGCGAAUCAGUUCAACUUGAAUACCGUCAAGCCGAAACCCACUCAGCGAACGAAGGAAGACGAUGAUAUAAAGGUGAAAGUCGAUGGGGGCGUACUACCAAAUCAACAAGCCCGAGCUGAGGAUGUUGAAUCCGGGCGGAAUGUAGAGUUUCACGAGUCCUAUCUGAGCGCACACGAGGACUUGCAACAGCCCCAAAGCUUGGAUGCACAGCUCCAAAGUUUGAGUACACGGAGGAAGGCGGUUCAGCACAAUUCAGAGGCAGAGAAAGAAAAAGGACAAGAAGAUGAAGAUCUGGUCGCACUAGGACGGAAUGCUUCCGUAUACCUCAAGUCCAUUAGAAGAAUCUUCCAGGACAUGUGAACUUUUUAUUUCUUUAAUGUAGUUGCCUUUAAAAGUCUUUAAUAUCCUUGUGUUUCAUUC